CAAACAAUUGAAGACAACGGCGAACGAGCGUUUCGUGUUCACUAUGAUUGCCGUAUUUGCCGUUGUUGCGUUGGUGGUGCUCGGCCAAUACUCUACAAUAGAAGGGCUACCAGCCGGAAGACAGGUGGACCAAAGAUUAAAAUGGAACCAACUCGUAUCAGCUUUGAGCAAGGCGUCGUUAGGGGCCAGAAUUUCAAAACCGUCCAAAGUAGUCCCAAAAGCACCUCAGUAUUCAAUCCAGACCAAACUAACUAAAGGAAAACCGAAUUCCAAAAACCCCAAAUAUACCCUUCGGCGCACGAUAUCGCCCACAGUUAUAGCCCCCUUGCUUCGUCAAUUCCAAAAAAAUCGCAAAUGGAUGCCUGUCUACAAGAGACGACAGCAAGUCCAGCAGCGGCCUGCGUGGAAACCAAAAAUAGUUCUGCCGAACGCUGCUGCCCUCGGAGUCGACAUAACCGCGUCUGGCAAAGGUAAAACCCUCAGAAAAAAGCCGACCUCUCCAAAAACAGGACUAACAGGUAUUCCUUUGCCUCUCGGAUUUCAGUUGUCAAAAACCAUCCCAAAGAAGGAGAGCGAAGACGAUGACGACGACAGAAGCGGAAUUCAUGAUGACUGGGAUGAUUUGGAUGACAACGAAGACAUCUACAAAGAGAGAAUCGCGGGAAAAGUGGCGGGGACAAAUGGAGAUUUACUGAAAAAAAGAUUCUUUCAUCAAAAAGCAGCUCCUGUAAACACCGGACGAAAAGUUGUGGUCAACCCAAACACAAAUGACGUCAUCCAGAUGUCAGAAUUUGCAGCCAGACGUCAAAAUGCUAAUUCUCUUGUCAAAUUUUUCAACAAUGAUGAUUUAAUCAAAUUUUUAUUAAUGGGAUUAAAAAGAGGCGACGAUGAUGAUGAUGACGACGACAAUGGAGAUAGUACUGAGGAAGAUGACUAUUCCAAAAAAAUCAAUAAGAUCAAUAAAGUGAUCAGUCGAGAGAUACAAGAGGCUAAUUCGAAUGAAAAUGACGAUGAAGACGACAAUUCAAAGGAGCUGUACAGUGGUACCGCUUAUAAGUUCUCAAGCAAUUAUGUAGAUGAUCAAUCAGAUGAAAACGUAGAAACUUCAAAUGAAAAGAAUAUAUCUGAUGUUGAUGAGACAACGACUUCAACGGAAAAUGAUUGGAACAAGUCGGGAGAUGACACAACUGCUUCACAUGAUAACAAUGAUUCAGACGAAAACAGAGACGAAGAUGAGGGAUCAGAAAUUACAUCAUCGGAAAAUUACGAUGAUUAUUUCUCAUCCGAGGAUGAGAAUCAAGACAGUAAAGCAGAUGAUAAUACUAGCAAUGAUAAAACGAAAGAGGAAAAUUCGUCGUCCGAAAAUCAGGAAAAGUCAUCAUCCGAAAAUCAGGAAAAGUCGUCGUCUGAAAAUCAGGAAAAGUCAUCUGAAAAUCAGGAAAAGUCGUCAUCUGAAAAUCAAGAAAAUUCGUCAUCUGAAAAAGACGAAAACAAGGAAUCUUCGUAUGAUGAAGACAACUUUUCGGACGAUAUAGAAUACGAUAAUCAUGAUGAUGAUGGAAAAGAUGAUUCCAAUGAAGUUUCCUCCGCAGAAUAUACUGCUGAGGAAGAUAAUUCGGCUUCGUAUGACGAAUUCGAUGACAGCACUGAUGAAAAAAGUUCUGAGAAAAUAGAUGACGCAGACGAUAUAGAUAGUAAAGAGAAAGACGCGGAUGAUGACGAUUCAUAUGAUUCACGAAAAGAAAGUGAAGUAAUUAAUUCUGUUGAUGUUGACGAUGCAGAAAUCGAAUCAUCAAAAGAGGAUAUGUCAGCAGAAAGUGAGCCUGAAAACGACGACUACAAAAGUCAAGAAACUGAUGUGGAAACAAGUGACAACAAAAGUCAAGAAACUGCAAUCGACUCAACAUACGAUAAUACAAGCCAAGACGCUGACGCCGAACCAGAGGACAACACGAGUCAAGGAGUAGACUCCAAACAAACCGACGAUGAUACAAGCCAAGACGCUGAUGCCGAACCAGAGGACAACACGAGUCAAGGAGUAGACUCCAAACAAACCGACGAUGAUACAAGCCAAGACGCUGACGCCGAACCAGAGGACAACACAAGUCAAGGAGUAGACUCCAAACAAACCGACGAUGAUACAAGCCAAGACGCUGACGCCGAACCAGAGGACAACACAAGUCAAGGAGUAGACUCCAAACAAACCGACGAUGAUACAAGCCAAGACGCUGACGCCGAACCAGAGGACAACACAAGUCAAGAAAUAGAUGCUGAUUCAACAGAGGAUAAAACGAGUAAGGAACAAUCUGACGAUAACACAAGUCAUGACACUGAUGUUGAAUUUGCAGACGACAAUGCAAGUCAAGACGAUGAUGCUGAGCCAGAUAAUAACACAAGUCAGGACAUCGAUGCAGAUGCAACAGACGAUAAUAAUAGUCAGGACGCAGAUAUUGAUGUGAGCCAAGACACUGAUGUCGAACCAGCAGACGAUAAUACAAGUGCAGAGCCAGAGGACACCACGAGUCGCGAUACAGACACUGAGACAACAGACGAUAAUACAGAUGUAACUGAAGACAACAACAGCCAAGAUGUAGAACCAGCAGACGAUAAUACAAGUCAAAAUGAUGAAUCAGAACGAUUCUAUGACGACAAAAGUCAAGAAGAGGAUGUUGAACCAACUAACGACGAGACAAGUCAAGAAGACAAACUAGUCGAUGACAAUAGUCAGGAAACAGCGGAACCUGUUGAUGACAACACAAGUCAAAAUACCGACGCCGACGACACCGGCUCCACUGAGAUACCUCUGACGCUGGAUAUGUUAGGGAUAAAAGACGAUGCAGAUUCGAAAGAGGUGACAUAUGAUGAUAAAGCAGAAGACAACAAAUCUCAGGAAGACCUAGUCACAGAAACAUCUUCGAAGGAGCAAAAUUUCGCAGACGAUACACCUUCGUCUAAAGAAAUAAUCGAUGAAACAGAUAACAGUAAGAGUGAUGACAACCAAGACAAUUCAUCAAAAGAAAAAGAUUAUAAAAUUAAACCUGUAGUGCUCUUUAAUGUCGAUGAUAAUUCAUUAGAGGAUGAUAAAGACGAUGCUGUUAGAGUACCUGUUCGACGUCCACGAAAGAUGAAUGGAAAUGCUAAACUGCGGUACGAGCUGGAGACAUUCUUAAGACUGUUCCAAUCGUGGUUAUCACAGAAGAAGUAGACACGUGUGUCUCUCUGUGCGUUCUUUCAAUCAGGAAGUCUUCAUUGCAUUCAGUUUACUUUCAUUGUUAUUUAUUAUUUUAUCAUUCUAUUUAAUUUCAUUUCAAUGUGGAUAAAUAAAUUGUUUUUUGUUACGGAA